UAAAGUGAAACGAAGUGUCUGCUUUUGAUUUUCUCUUUUCUUUCCCUUGAAAUCGCAAGAGUUGUUUUGCAGCUCUUUCUCUCUCUGUUAUCUUUUUAUUUUUAUAUGGCUUCUCAAGCCAGCCUCCUCCUUCAGAAACAGCUAAAAGAUCUUUGCAAGCAUCCGGUUGAUGGGUUCUCAGCUGGGUUGGUUGAUGAGAGCAAUAUCUUUGAAUGGAGUGUUACAAUUAUUGGACCUCCUGAUACUCUCUAUGAAGGGGGAUUUUUCAAUGCCAUUAUGAGUUUUCCACAUAAUUAUCCAAACAGCCCUCCAACGGUGAAAUUUACAUCAGAGAUUUGGCAUCCUAAUGUUUAUACCGACGGCCGUGUCUGCAUAUCAAUUCUUCAUCCUCCUGGUGAUGAUCCAAAUGGCUAUGAGCUUGCAAGUGAGCGCUGGAUGCCAGUCCAUACGGUUGAAAGUAUUGUUUUGAGUAUCAUAUCAAUGCUUUCCAGCCCUAACGACGAAUCUCCUGCAAACGUUGAAGCUGCAAAAGAAUGGAGAGAGAGGAGAGAUGAAUUCAGGAGGAAAGUUAGCCGUUGCGUAAGACGGUCACAAGAAAUGUUAUGAUCCUUUUCUUCUUCUCUACAAUGUGUACCCAGGGAAUGCCUUCAUUUGAGUAUCCUUUUCUUGUAGAAUGCCAUCUGAAAUUCCCACACUUUACCCCUUUCUUCAGUUAAAAUCUCCGUUUUAGCUAUUGGUUGGAGUAAUUGUAAUAACUCGUAUUCAAAAGCGUUUUCUUUUUGUUGGCAAACGUUAUUGUGAUAUAAUAUUUUUCAA